AUGAUUGAAGUCUUAUUUCAAGUAAGGAAGGAUAAAUAUAAAGAUAAUCCUCCAAUAGCUCCCGAAUUGGAUUUAGUCAAAGAGGAUGAUCAAAUAACUCAUCAUUUAUCGUUGGAUGAUGAAUUGGAUAAAUACAAAGAAAUCAAAGCACAAAUUUUAGGCGAGGAUUCCGGAGAUGAAGAAGAUGAAUCUGGUUCUGAAAGCGAUGAAAGCAGUGAUGAAGAAGAAGAGCGAACUUAUGAAAAAUUUUUUGGACUAAUUGGAGAACGUCUCGCAAAAAUAAAUCUAGUGUGGGCCAAAGCUUUUGAACAGUGUUUUGUCCAAUAUUAUGAGACAAUUCAUCGUUAUGAAACAAAUAGGUUACGAAAUGUUUCAAAGUUUUUCGGGCACCUUUUGGCAUCCGACGCUUUGUCCUGGCAAGUGUUUAAUAUUAUCAAAUUAACCGAAGACGAUACCACAUCAAGUUCUCGAAUCUUUGUAAAAAUUUUAUUUGAAGAGCUGAGUGGUACUUUAGGUUUACAAAAACUUAAAGAAAGAUUAAAAGAUAGCACAAUGCUGGAAUAUUUUACUGGUCUAUUUCCAAAGGACAAUCCACGAAAUACUCGUUUCGCAAUUAAUUAUUUCACUAGUAUUGGUUUAGGUUUAUUAACUGAUGAGUUAAGAGAACAUUUACAG